GCCGCAGUAGGAUUCAUGGGGACGAAAAAGCGCAUCCUGGAUGAUUUUUGGACCCCUGCUGCAGUCGACGGAAACUAAACGGAGAUAAACGUUACACCGGUAAUAUCGUUCUCUCACCUACGAUAAUAAGUCUGGGAAUCUAAAAUGGCAGAGCGGGUAAAUAACUUUCCUCCCCUGCCUCAGUUCAUGAGAAUAAAGCCAUGCUUUUACCACAACAUAGAAGAGGAAAUCCCUGCACCCCAUCAGCAGUUGGUGCGCAGAGUCUAUACACUUUGGAUGAUGUAUUCAGGUACGCUGUGCUUAAAUGUCAUCUCCUGCAUUGCCUGGUGGGUUGGUGGCGGUAAUGCCACCAACUUUGGCUUCUCUCUUCUCUGGCUCGUCCUCUUCAGCCCGUGCAGUUACACCUGCUGGUUCAGACCGCUCUACAAAGCCUUCAGGGCUGACAGCUCGUUCAACUUCAUGGCCUUUUUCUUCAUCUUCUUCCUUCAGUGUGCCUUAGCCCUCAUCCAGACUAUCGGGAUCUCCGGCUGGGGAACGUGCGGCUGGAUUGCCACGGUGAUAUUUUUCAGCUAUAAUACGGGCUCGGCUAUAGUGAUGCUAAUCACAGCGCUGCUCUUCACACUGGUGACUGCUUUAAUGGCACUCGUUCUCAUCAAGGUGCACAGAAUGUACCGUGGCGGUGGAGGAAGUAUGGCGCGCGCUCAGGAGGAGUGGAGCACCGGGCUGUGGAAGAGUGCUCCAGUGAGGGAAGCAGGGUUUAACGCUGUAGCUCAGUCGGCUCAGGGCCCCAGCUUGCCUCAGUACCCUGCCGCAGUGCCGAGCUACCCCGACAACAGCCAGUGGUGAUAGCUGAGAGUGGCCACUAGGGGGAGACAGAUUAUUGACCAUUGUUGUGGUAACGUUCAAGUCAUUUUAACCUUCCAGUGAGAGAGAAUGCAUCUAUGUUUUUGUUUUUAUGAGAGGACAAGGUUGCCUUGUCGAAUAGUUUCUUGGUUAAAGCCGUGCUCUUGUAGUGGAGUCAGAUUUAUCAUUCCAUCUUUGUUUACAUCGACUUGAUUCAAACGAAGGAGAGGGCUGCAGUUUGAGGCUCUAAAGAAAUGUGCCAACAGGAACUCCAGAAGAGUGUAUGGAGCUGCUGAACGAUGUGUGCCUUUAUGAACACUUCUGAUAGCUUUGUUUUAUGUGUGUGCGUCAGCAUGCUGAGAUUGUGUCUCUCCUGCACAUGCACGGUUUUUAUGCGCUCGCUUUGUGUUCAGAUGUUUUCUGGAAGGAGUUCAGUUUAUUUUUGAUAUGCUGUGCCUUUUUUUUUUUAUCUUUGUGCUCGCCUGCUUUGGCUGUGAUUUCCUAAAUGUCGUGUGCACAUGUUGCAUGUGAAGAAAGAACUUUGCUCGACUAUCUCCUUUUACAAGUGCCACUUUUUUUAAACUGGACUCGUCAUGCUUCAGUGAAGCAGCGUUGGUGAUGUUGGUGCGUUAUCCUCUGGGACCUCAGAGCAUGUAUGUGCCAUAAAACUCGCCUCUUCUCGUUAUUAUAAUACUGGAAACAGCAUCACGCUCAGAGCAGACUUUGUUUUUGUACCGUGUGUCGGUAUGUCUCAGUUCUAGUUGUUCCAGACCUGCACUGUUUGCUUCUGGUGGUCGGCGCCCUGCUGUGAAAGCACCUUAUCAGCCGCUGUCAAUGUCCCAGUCACUUUGCCCCAGAUAAACCAUUCUUUGUGUCGUGCAUGCAUGCAGCCUAUCAUGGGAGUGAGACGGAGCAGAUUCUCUAUUUGACCUCAUGUAACCAAAACUAACAGACACACACAACUCAGCAGACUGAAAACAUGACGUCAAAGCUCACAUGUUGAAGUCACAAUCUGCAGGCUGAUAUUCCAAGUAUGGGCCAAAUUAUUUAAGAAUUACCGUAAAACUUCUACAAACAGCACAGGCUUUUAUUUCCUUCAGUCUAUAAAACGACCCAGCCUUUAUUUGGGACAGGCAUUCAAACUAAACUCCUGAACAGGAAAGACUACAUGGUUGUAAAUGUACUCCAGAGAGAAUAUUUAAGUGUGCACAAAAAGAGGAUAUCAAGAAAGAAAUUAAAUUACAAGUCAAUGAUUGGAUCUAUCUUUUGAAGACGGUGAAUCUCUGCCGAGAUAUUAAUUUCAAUCCUUUAUUUGAUAAGUGACAAAAUGAAAAAUAUUUCAAUAAAUAUUCUUAUUCUCAC